CAGACGCCGGCGAUGAAUGGAGGUGCUGGGAGCGGGUUGAACAAGUCUCCCGCUCUCGCGUCCCUACAGCCCCGUUUCUGCCUCUGUGCGGUGCCCACAUCCUUCCCCGUUCGUAUCGACGACCCGGUUGGUCCGGGCGUCUGAGUUCUCGGUGCCCCGAGUCGACUCGGGGCACAACGAGGGUUUGGGGUUCCCGAUGAUCGCCUAGGCCCGACUUCGGACCGCGCUCUCGAUUUCUGCCGCGUCCCACGCCUAGGACGCGGAGUCCGUGUGGGGUUCCGUCAGGCUUGGAGGGUAGAUCUUAAGAUGACAGUAUAAACCUAGGGAGACAGAGAAGCCCUGUCUUGAUUGUGCCAGAAACAUCGCCAACAUAGGGGCCUAUUAAAGAUACACCACGUUUUUGAGGGCUUUUAGAAAGUUGGGUGUUCAUACACGCGGAAGUUAAACUCCUACUUUGAUUUGUAUUUUUACCAUUAGGAUCAAUAGUAAUAAUGACUGAGUGUACAAGUCUGCAGUUUGUCAGCCCUUUUGCUUUUGAGGCAAUGCAGAAGGUGGACGUUGUUCGCCUGGCAUCUUUAAGUGAUCCAGAAUUAAGACUUCUCCUGCCCUGCUUGGUACGGAUGGCACUUUGUGCACCUGCUGACCAGAGCCAAAGCUGGGCUCAGGAUAAGAAACUCAUCCUUCGCCUUCUCUCUGGAGUGGAAGCUGUCAACUCCAUUGUUGCACUGCUGUCUGUGGACUUUCAUGCUUUAGAACAAGAUGCCAGCAAAGAACAGCAGCUUAGACAUAAACUUGGAGGAGGCAGUGGAGAGAGCAUCCUGGUAUCACAGCUUCAGCAUGGACUGACGUUAGAGUUUGAACACAGUGAUUCACCUCGUCGAUUGCGUCUUGUGCUUAGUGAACUGUUGGCAAUUAUGAACAAGGUGUCUGAGUCAAAUGGAGAAUUUUUUUUCAAGUCUUCUGAACUUUUUGAGAGUCCAGUAUAUUUGGAGGAAGCUGCAGAUGUACUUUGUAUUUUACAAGCAGAGCUCCCUUCCUUGCUUCCUAUAGUUGAUGUAGCUGAAGCCUUGCUACAUGUUAGAAAUGGUGCCUGGUUCUUGUGUCUCUUGGUGGCCAAUGUUCCUGAUAGUUUUAACGAAGUUUGUAGGGGCCUGAUAAAAAAUGGAGAACGACAAGAUGAAGAAAGUCUUGGAGGACGGCGCAGGACAGAUGCCUUACGCUUCUUGUGUAAAAUGAACCCUUCUCAGGCCCUCAAGGUCCGAGGCAUGGUGGUGGAAGAAUGUCACUUGCCAGGCCUUGGUGUGGCUUUGACAUUGGAUCAUACUAAAAAUGAAGCUUGCGAAGAUGGAGUGAGUGACUUGGUUUGUUUUGUAAGUGGUUUGCUUCUUGGAACAAAUGCAAAAGUCCGGACUUGGUUUGGAACUUUUAUCCGAAAUGGACAGCAGAGAAAAAGAGAGACCAGCAGUUCUGUCCUAUGGCAGAUGAGAAGGCAACUUCUUCUGGAGUUGAUGGGCAUUCUUCCCACAGUAAGAAGCACCCGAAUUGUGGAAGAAGCUGAUGUGGACAUGGAGCCCAAUGUGUCUGUGUAUUCGGGGCUGAAAGAAGAGCAUGUUGUGAAAGCCAGUGCACUCUUACGUCUGUACUGUGCUUUGAUGGGGAUCGCUGGACUCAAACCAACUGAAGAAGAAGCUGAGCAAUUACUGCAGUUGAUGACGAGCCGUCCUCCUGCUACGCCAGCUGGAGUUCGCUUUGUUUCACUUUCCUUUUGUAUGCUACUGGCCUUUUCUACACUUGUCAGUACGCCUGAACAGGAACAACUGAUGGUGGUGUGGCUAAGUUGGAUGAUAAAAGAAGAAGCGUAUUUUGAGAGUACUUCAGGCGUCUCUGCUUCUUUUGGGGAGAUGUUAUUAUUGGUGGCUAUGUACUUUCACAGCAACCAGCUUAGUGCUAUCAUUGACUUGGUCUGUUCCACUUUGGGGAUGAAGAUUGUAAUUAAGCCAAGCUCCUUGAGCAGGAUGAAGACGAUCUUCACACAGGAAAUUUUUACUGAGCAGGUUGUCACUGCUCAUGCAGUUCGGGUCCCUGUCACCAGCAACCUGAGUGCCAACAUUACUGGAUUUUUGCCUAUUCAUUGUAUUUACCAGCUUCUCAGGAGCCGUUCCUUUACCAAGCACAAAGUGUCAAUAAAAGAUUGGAUUUAUAGACAGCUGUGUGAAACUUCUACUCCACUUCAUCCUCAGUUACUUCCUUUGAUUGAUGUGUACAUAAAUUCCAUACUUACUCCUGCAUCGAAAUCUAAUCCACAAGCCACAAAUCAACCAGUCACGGAACAGGAGAUACUCAAUAUUUUCCAAGGAGUCAUUGGGGGUGACAACAUUCGCCUUAAUCAGCGUUUCAGUAUCACAGCUCAGCUUUUGGUGCUCUACUAUAUACUGUCUUAUGAGGAAGCUCUUCUAGCAAACACAAAGACUUUAGCUGCCAUGCAAAGAAAGCCAAAAUCAUAUUCUUCUUCUUUAAUGGAUCAGAUUCCUAUUAAAUUCCUUAUUCGACAGGCUCAAGGGCUGCAGCAGGAGUUGGGAGGGUUGCAUUCAGCUUUACUACGUCUCCUUGCUACUAACUACCCACAUUUAUGUAUUGUGGAUGACUGGAUCUGUGAAGAAGAAAUCACAGGGACUGAUGCCCUGCUACGGCGAAUGCUCCUGACUAAUAAUGCUAAAAAUCAUUCUCCCAAACAACUCCAAGAAGCAUUUUCAGCUGUCCCAGUAAAUCACACACAAGUGAUGCAGAUUAUAGAACACUUGACCCUACUCUCUGCCAGUGAACUUAUACCAUAUGCAGAAGUGUUAACAUCUAAUAUGAACCAGCUGUUGAAUUCAGGGGUUCCACGGAGAAUUCUUCAAACAGUCAAUAAACUAUGGAUGGUUCUUAAUACUGUGAUGCCCAGAAGGUUAUGGGUAAUGACGGUUAAUGCACUUCAGCCUUCAAUAAAGUUUGUACGACAACAAAAAUAUACUCAGAAUGAUCUGAUGAUAGAUCCUCUCAUUGUCCUAAGGUGUGACCAGAGAGUCCACAGAUGUCCCCCACUGAUGGAUAUUACUCUACACAUGUUGAAUGGAUAUCUUCUUGCAUCGAAAGCCUACCUUAGUGCUCAUCUGAAGGAAACAGCAGAGCAAGACAGGCCUUCCCAGAAUAAUACAAUCGGUUUAGUUGGACAAACUGAUGCUCCGGAAGUUACCAGAGAAGAAUUGAAAAAUGCAUUACUGGCUGCUCAGGAUAGUGCAGCUGUUCAGAUUCUCUUAGAGAUUUGCUUACCUACUGAAGAAGAGAAAGCAAAUGGUGUCAAUCCAGAUAGCUUGUUAAGAAAUGUUCAGAGUGUUAUUACCACCAGCACUCCAAAUAAGGGAAUAGAGGAAGGAGAAGACAAUUUGCUCUGUAACCUUCGAGAAGUUCAGUGCCUUAUCUGUUGUCUCUUGCAUCAAAUGUACAUUGCAGAUCCCAACAUUGCCAAGCUUGUUCACUUUCAGGGUUAUCCAUGCGAACUUUUGCCUCUGACGGUCGCAGGUAUUCCAUCUAUGCACAUCUGUCUAGAUUUCAUACCCGAGCUUAUUGCACAGCCAGAACUUGAAAAACAGAUAUUUGCUAUCCAGUUGCUUUCUCACUUGUGUAUCCAAUAUGCAUUACCAAAGUCACUUAGUGUGGCUCGUUUAGCUGUCAAUGUCAUGGGAACUUUGCUAACAGUUUUAACCCAGGCUAAGCGGUAUGCUUUUUUUAUGCCAACUCUGCCAAGUUUGGUGUCUUUUUGUCGAGCAUUUCCUCCAUUGUAUGAGGAUAUUAUGUCUUUGCUGAUCCAAAUAGGGCAAGUUUGUGCCUCUGAUGUUGCCACUCAGACAAGAGACAUUGAUCCAAUAAUUACACGUCUUCAACAAAUAAAGGAGAAACCAAGUGGAUGGUCUCAAAUCUGUAAAGAUUCAUCUUAUAAAAAUGGAUCCAGGGACACUGGAAGCAUGGAUCCUGAUGUACAGCUCUGUCACUGUAUUGAAAGAACAGUAAUCGAAAUAAUAAAUAUGAGUGUUAGUGGAAUUUAAAAAAAAAUUUAAAACCCAAAUAUGAAACUGUUUGCUGCAUACACCCAACAUGAAUCUGCAUAUUAUAACUCUAAACUGAAUGGGAACAGUAAUGUCUUGCAAUCACUAAAACACUUCAACAUGAAUAUAAUUUAGAACUUUAUGAGAAUUAUGCUUGCUUGUGUUUGAUUGGCACGUCUUUGGAUCUACUUUGCUGGUAUGUUUAUAUUGUAGUAGCUGAGCUUUUUUUCCCGCUGGGAGCACAUGUAAGAAACUCAUUACUGGAAAGGGAAUUUGGCUUUGUAUUUAGCUUUUGAAGUGAAGAAAGACUGCCAUGCCUUUAAUUUAAUUUCUUAUAAAAAUGAGUCUGUGGGUAGCCCUACUGUUUAUUUUAAUUCUGAGCUUGUAACAGAGCAUGACAAAGAUGCAAAGAUGGGAGAGGACAAAGUGUAAAGAGAAAGGAGAAUUAAGGAAAUAUUAGGAGUUAAAAACCCAAGUAGAAAUCUCAAAAGAUUUGCAAUGCAAGUGAUAGUAAUGCAAGUUGGAAUUCUUGUUCUCAAGAAAGAGUAUUGAGAAAGCUUUUAAAAAGGCACAUAGCUUUCGUAAAUGAUUUCUGUGGAAUUACAGAUGAGGAUUUAAAGAUUUCACAUAUUUGCUUCAAUUUUUAUUAAUAUAUGAAGCCAUAUGUUUGAAGAGGUACUUGAAUAAUUUGGAAUUUUAAGAUACUGGUAUAAAAGUGUUUACAGAAACAUCUUUGUUCAAAGAAGAACAUGAGAGAUCUCAUUUAGUUUUUUGUUUUACAUUUAUUUUUAUAAUGCUUUAUUAACUUACCUAAUGCCCAGAGGGGGGAAAUAUGUAUCAAAUUACAUGAAGGUAGAGCAAUAAAACCCACUGGAUUAAAGAGCACUUGGCUUGUCAUUAGGAUUAUAAUUCAUACAUUACUUUGAGAAGAUCUGUGAGUAAGAAGUUGCAGUGUUUGAACCUCAGGAAAAAUUAAAAUGUAGAAAAUAUUGUCUUGCUGAAUGAUUUUGCAGUCCUCUGUCAGUAACUUCCAUUGAUUAGGCCGACACAUUCAGGUAAACUGUAAUCCUCAUUUGAAAAAAAAAAAAAAUUAAGUAUCCAAUGUAGAAAGUACUUUCCUUUUUUCUCUCUGAGAUAUACCUCAAUCACACACUUCCUUACCCCCACUUGAAACUGACCUCUUCACUUGUGGGUUUUUUUUUUUUUUCUUUUUGAGGUGGAGUCUCACCUUGUUGUCCAGGCUGGAGUGCAGUGGGGUGAUCUUGUCUCACUGCAACCUCUGCCUCCUGGGUUCAAGGAAUUCUCAGGCCUCAUCCUCCUGAGUAGCUGGGACUGCAGGCAUGCACCACCACACCCAGCUAAUUUUUGUAUUUUUAGUAGAGAUGAGGGUUUGCCGUGUUGCCCAGGCUGGUCUUGAACUCCUGGCCUCAGGUGAUAUGCUCACCUUGGCCUCCCAAAGUGCUGGGAUUACAGGUGUGAGCCACCCAGCUAGACCUCUUCACUUGUAAAAAUUAGUGAGGGUACUAAGAAGGUGUAGUUUUUAAGAAAUGAAAUUUAACUUCAGCCUUUUCAUUAGUAAAUAGUCACAUCUCAUUUUCUUCCUUUGUAAAAUGGCCCUACCUCAUGUUCUAUGAGAAUGAGUUUGUAGCUGUUUCAAAUCAUGAAGUGCAUAGUAUCACGUGAUGGAAUAUUUAUAACUUUUUAUUAGAUGCUUAAUGUUCAAUUAAGUAAUUUUGAUGUGAAAAAUAAAAGCAUAUGCUUAAAAAUAGCAUAAGAAUUUUCAUAUUUUUAGACAAGGCAGUUUUGUAGUCUCAAGAUUAAAUACAACUGCUCCUUUUUUUUUUUUUUUUUUUUUUUUAAACUGAGGCCUUGCGAUAUUUUAUGUGAAUAGAUAUGCCCUAGGAGUUCAGAAAAAGUUAAAGUAUGUUUUCUAACUAAAUGCAGUAUACAUUCCUGGAUCAAUUUUCAAAGACUGGUCAUAACCUGCUGUGUUAAAAUAAUCACAUUUGCUGUUUUUCAUCAGAUUUGUUGAUGAUGUAAAUAAAGUGUGUAAAUAUAUUAGUAAAUGUUAAUAUUCAUGUAUUUUAAGUUAAAGGUAUAAAAUUUGUCACAAUGGGAUUUUUUUAUUCAAGUGAAAACAGAUGUGUGCAGCUAUUUUGAAUAUUGAUUUAUAAACAUACAUAUUCUUUAUCAAAC